AUGACUGCAUUCAAAACUGCAGUGAAGAAUCUGAGGUGGAUUGCUGGGGGCACCUUCACCCCCUCUGCUCUGAAGUACGCCUAUGAUAACCUCAUCAGGGACAGCAAGAGAGCCCGAUCCAAAGUGUCCGUCGUCGUGGUCACAGACGGCCGCUUUGACCCCGAGACGACGACAAUCAGCUCACAUACCUCUGCAACGACCCGCUGUGGUGGUGAAUGCCAUCGGGAUAGGGACAUGUUUGACACCAGACACGACAGCGAGACUCUGGUGUCAAUCGCAUGCAACAAGAAGGAUCGGGCUACUGAGAUGAGGCGCUACAGCGAUUUGGUGGCUGAUGAAUUCUUAGAAAAGAUGGAAACUGUCCUCUGUCCUGAUCCAGUCAUUAAGUGCCCUGAUCUCCCCUGUACAAGUGAACUUGACUCAGCACCUUGUGUUGCGAGGCCUGUGGAUUUGGUAUUUCUAUUGGAUGGUUCAGAGCGUCUCGGGGAGAGAAACUUCCUCCUUGUUCGUGAAUUUGUUCAGAAGGUUGCAGACAGGCUGGUACUGGCCAGGACCAGGACCGAUCGAGAGCGAGCCCGUCUGGCACUGAUGGAGUUUGGCAAGGAGUCAGAGAAUCGGGUGGCUUUCUCUCUAACACAUGACCCUGUCCAGAUUGUUAACAGUUUAACAGCUUUACGGUAUCUAGAUUCUUCUUCAAGCGUGGCGCCCGGCAUCAUACAUGCCAUCAACAACAUCCUGGUUAGAGAAAGCGCCCGGCAAACGAGGCCCAAUGCAGAGAUUUCAUUCUUUCAUUACAGAUGUGUCACUAACAGCGACAACCUGGACGAAGCGAUCAGUGCCAUGCGUCGUUACGAGGUGGUCUCCACGGUGAUUGCCACAGGAAGUGAUGUUGAUCAAGAAGUCCUGACAAAGCUGGCUAUGGGGGACCAGCACGCCAUCUUUAAAGCAGAAAAAUUCUCAGAUUUUUUAAGGUCCGGUAUGUUUGAUCGUUUCAUCCAGUGGGUGUGUUAG